UUAUUUAUCUAGUUUUCGCUGUAAUUUGAGGUCGGGGUUUUCAAGACUCGAUUUUUAAUUUGUGAAUCGAAGUGGGCGCUGCGCUGUAUGCUUUCGUGAGGUUGCGAUUGAGCUGUGUGAGAGAAAAAUGUGAUCUAGGGAAAGUGUAAGACGGAGAAAGAUUGGGUCUAAAAUCUAAAUGAUGGAAUGGAAUGCGACAUUUUCUAUUCCCCGUUUCUUUCUCUUCCCAUUUCCAGGUUUAAUUUAGAAGAUGGGGGUUUUGGAGGAGGAACUCACCCAUACCUUAUCUUUGUAAUUGCUAGUUUAAUGAGCAUUUUCUCUGUGUAUAUUUCUUGUAUCUUUAGCUCCCCAUCUUGCCAACCAUUUGGUGUUGUUGAGUCAGUAUUAUUUCAUCUGAUACUGAAUUCUAACAGAGCAGUCACUUUAUCUCCUACUUAUUGAAAUGUGCUGACCUUUGGAGGAGAUGGAUGGCAUGGAUGAUGAACCACACAACUAUUGUUCUUUUUUCAAUUUCUGUCUCAAUGGAGGGAACGUCAUGGUGAUUUAUCAUAGAAUCCACAAUGUAUAUCGUUUUCUCUGUACACAUUGUCAAGGCAUAGAACACUCAUGAACUUAUUUGACAAAGCCCCCUCAGUUGCUAAGAAUGCCUUUGUGGCCCCUAAUGCAUCACUGACUGGGGAGGUUUAUGUUGGACCUAGCUCCUCCAUUUGGUAUGGAUGUGUUGUCAGAGGUGAUGUGAACAGCGUUAGUAUAGGAGCUGGAACCAACAUACAGGAUAACUCUCUUAUUCACGUAGCUAAAUCCAAUAUUGCUGGGAAAGUCUUGCCCGUCCAUAUUGGUGACAAUGUCACUGUUGGGCAUAGUGCUGUCUUGCACAGCUGUACUGUAGAGGAUGAAGCAUUUAUUGGUAUGGGUGCAACAUUGCUUGACGGGGUGGUUGUUGAGAAACAUGCAAUGGUUGCUGCUGGAGCUCUUGUCAGACAGAAUACAAGAAUACCCUCUGGAGAGAUAUGGGGAGGGAAUCCAGCCAAAUUCCUGAGGAAACUCAAAGAUGAUGAAAUCGCUUUCAUAUCUCAGUCUGCUACCAAUUAUGCAAACCUAGCGGAAGCUCAUGCUGCUGAAAAUGCCAAGGACUUUGACAAGUCAGAGCUUGAGAAGGUUCUUCAGAAGAAAUUCACUGGGCAGGAUGGAGAAUAUGACUUAAAAUCGGGUGUUGUUGUUUAGGUGUCAGCAUCACCAUAACUGCAGCACAAUGAAUCUUAAGAGUUUCCUAAUAUGGAACAUGUACCAGCUUUGUUUUUUUUUUCUUUUUUACUGUUUCAGAUGGAUUUCAUAAAGAUGCCUGAAUUUUGCAAUCGCUUCCAAUAAAUUCUGGGGCAAGGCUGAAAUUUCAAAGGAUCAAUCCUGGUAGAAAGUAAUUCUUAUGCGCGCCCUCUUCAUCUUCCAUUGAUGAAACACUUAGAUAUUGCUUGUUCCUUUCAUGAUUAUCUGUUUCGACUUUAUUAGAUGCCCUUUCUUUUGAUAUGUCUAGGGGAAGGCAUCAGGAAGAUGAGUUGUCAUGUCUAAGAAUUUGAUAUUGAGCUACAAGGAAAUUCAUAGUACUACUUAGCAUGAGUAAGCCAUGAAAUUGUUGUAUUCUUUCACCAAUAAUGGGAGGCACCAUUCUGUUGUUUUUUUGUUGAAA